UUAUUUAUUUAUAACACUUUAUAUUUAAUAAUCAGAAUAAUGGAUGUCCCAGCAAGGGGGAAUAUAUUAGGACGUUUCGUACCGGCUCGAUACAUCCUUGCUAUUCUUGGGUCUAUUGGCAUGGCUAUAGUUUAUGGCCUGAAGGUGAAUCUAUCAGUAGCAAUGGUGGGUAUGCUGAACAACACCGCCAUUAGGAGAGAUGUAAUUGUCAAUUCGGCCGAUAAUAAUAACCAGACAUAUAGUGAUAGCAGUGAAAUUGAAUGCAAGGGUAGUGCCUCUGGAGGAAAUGUUACAAUGGACCAAGAUGGCCCUUUCACAUGGACGCCGGGAGAGCAAGGCAUCGUCCUAAGUUGUUAUUUCUGGGGAUAUUUCGUAUCACAGCUGCCAGGUGGUAGGGUAGCGGAGUUAUUCUCAGCUAAAUGGGUGAUGUUCUUCAGCGUGACAAUCAACGUGGUUUGCACCCUACUAACCCCCGUGAUGGCACAGGCUCAUUACGCUGCCGUGGUUGUGAUGCGGGUUGGCGAAGGAAUUGGUGGAGGUGUAACAUUUCCAUCGAUGCACGUAUUGCUAUCCAAAUGGGCACCACCAGCCGAGCGCAGCGUGAUGUCGGCUCUGGUAUACGCGGGAACUUCCCUCGGGACCGUCAUAUCAAUACUCAUGGCUGGAGUAUUGACCGCUAAUGUUGGAUGGGAGAGCGUUUUCUACGUAAUGGGCGGACUGUCAUGUGUAUGGUGUGUAUUAUGGAUAUUCCUGGUGCAAGACUCGCCUCAGCAGCAGCCUCUGAUCAGUGCCGAGGAGCGGGAGAUGAUCAUCAACUCGCUAGGGGGGAAGGGAGCCGGUCAUGGCCAUAAAAAGUUACCAGUGCCAUGGCGUGCAGUACUCAAGUCCCCUGCAUUCCUGAGCAUCCUAGUAGCUCACGCGUGCUCCAACUGGGGCUGGUAUAUGUUACUGAUAGAGUUACCGUUUUAUAUGCAACAAGUUCUUAAGUUCAAUAUGACUGAGAACGCAGUGACCACGUCCCUCCCGUUCCUUUCUCUAUGGAUCUUCAGCAUGUGCUUAAGUCGUACCCUGGAUUGGCUUAGCAGCAAUUCAUACAUCACGACCACGAUCGCUCGAAAAAUAGCCACUUUAUUUGCGUCUGCCGUGCCUGCUGCCUGCUUGCUGGCGGUGUGCUACAUCGGCUGCAACCGCGCAGCUGCCGUCGCCCUCAUGGCGGUCGCAGUUACCUGCAUCGGCGGAAUGUUUUGCGGAUUCCUAUCCAAUCACAUCGACAUAGCGCCCAAUUUCGCUGGCACCCUGAUGGCUUUAACCAACACCAUAGCCACCAUUCCUGGCAUUGUCGUGCCGAUAUUUGUGGGAGCAUUAACUCAGAAGAAUCAAACGAUUUCUUCAUGGCGUACAAUAUUCUACGUGACCAUAGCACUGUACAUCAUCGAGAUAGUGGUAUACACGCUGUGGGGAUCCGGUGAGGAGCAGCCCUGGAAUAAGGUCCAGGAGAGAAGUGACAGCACUGAGACCAAGCCUCUCAAUACUACUGACAAAAAGAGUACUGUUCAAUAG